AUGACCAGCCAUCCCUACCUCGGCGUCACGCCUCCCAUCUCGGUCGCGCCGCCGACCGCUCGCGACCUCGAGGUCAGCAAGACCCUGAUCGAGGAGCUCAAGGGCCGCAACAUCUACGAGAGCCCGCAGGAGGGUCGUGUUCGGUCCAUGGUGCUCGGCCGCCUCGACAAGCUCGUCAAGGACUUUGUGUACCGCGCGAGUCUGCAUCGAGGCUUCUCAGAGGCAAAGGCGCGCGAGGCAGGAGGCAAGAUCUUCACGUUCGGCUCGUACCGCCUCGGCGUGCACGGUCCAGGGUCCGACAUCGACACGCUGCUGGUCGUCCCUCGGCACGUCGAGCGCGAGGACUUCCACACCCUGUUCGAGGCCAUGCUCAAGGAGACGGACGGCGUCCUCGAGGUCACGUCGGUCCCCGAGGCGUUCGUCCCCAUCAUCAAGUGCACGUUCCAGGGCAUCGACAUCGACCUCCUGUUCGCGCGACUCGCGCUCCCGACCAUCCCGGACGACCUCGAGCUCAAGGACGACAACCUGUUGCGCAACCUCGACGAGCGCUGCGUGCGCAGUCUCGGCGGCUCGCGCGUGACCGACGAGAUGCUGCGACUCGUACCAGACGUGCCCGUCUUCCGCGACGCACUGAGGACGAUCAAGCUGUGGGCGCAACAACGAGCGGUGUACGGCAACGUCAUGGGCUUCUGCGGCGGUGUCGCCUGGGCGAUGCUCGUCGCGCGGAUAUGCCAGCUGUACCCCAAGGGCUGCGUCGGCAGCAUCAUCUCGCGAUUCUUCAUCAUCAUGCACCAGUGGCAGUGGCCGGCGCCGGUGCUGCUCAAGCCGAUCGAGGAGGGUCCUCUGCAGGUCCGCGUCUGGAACCCCAAGCUCUACCCUCAAGACCGCUCGCACCGCAUGCCCAUCAUCACGCCGGCGUACCCGUCCAUGUGCUCGACCCACAACGUCACCCUGAGCACGCAGCAGAUCAUGACGGCCGAGUUCAAGCGAGCCGCCGAGAUCGUCGACCGCGUCUUUGUCGGGUCGACCUCGUGGAAGGAGCUCUUUCAGCCCCACGACUUCUUCAGCAAGUACCGCUACUACCUGCAGAUCACGGCGAGCUCGGGGAGCGCCGACGUCCAGCUCAAGUGGUCCGGCACGGUCGAGUCGCGCAUCCGUCAACUCGUCAUGAAGCUCGAAUACGUCGACUCGCUCCUGCUCGCGCACCCGUUCGUCAAGAGCUUCGACCGCGUCAGCCACUGCAUCGACGAGGCAGAGCAGCGCGCCGUCUCGAUCGGCGAGGUCCCGGCCGUCGUCGAGAAGCGCACCGAGGCCGACUUGCUGCCUGGGCAGGGCACGACGGUACACACGACGACCUUCUACAUCGGCUUGCAGAUCGAGCGGAGACCUGCCGCAGGAGCACAAGGCCCGAGGAAACUCGACAUCUCGUACCCGACCAACGAGUUCACCAAGUUGGUCAAGAUGUGGGACAGCUACGACGCCGAGACGAUGGGCGUCAUCGUGCGGUACAUCAAGAGGUGCGUCGUCGUCAUCGACAAGUCCAUCCUCCCUUUCUUGUACCGUCACUGA